UGUUUUGUGCCAUUUAUAAAUUUGUGUCAAAUAAAUGUCAAAAGGAUACAAAUAUAUGUACACUUGAAAAGGAAUAAAAUAAAUAAAACACACAAAAAAAAAGGAUAUUAUACGUUUCACAUAUUCAACUUGACAUCCCCCAACAACCCCUCCAUUGCUACUCUACAUAUCCUCGGGGCCGAAAAGGAUACACAAUCUGUGUGUUUCACUGCCAACUAAGGAAAAAAGGAUAAAUAAAUAAGAAAUCAGUUGAAAAAGAGCAAAGAAAUAAAAAAAAAAAAAAGAAAUAAGGACGUGUGUCCUUUUGCGUGUUUGGUGCAUUUUUUAAUAAAAGUACGAAAAGAGAAUAAAAAAAAAAGGAUAAAAGUAUCCGAAGCCAAGUGCAUACAGAUAUAUACCCAUAUAAAUCCUUAUUGAAGUUUUUUUUUUUGUUGUUGUUGCACAUUCAGGUUACCUACUGGUUGUGUUACCUACUUUGCUUUGUGAAUGUGAAAUGAAGAGCUGUUACCACCUUUAGAAAGAAAGUUCUAGGGUACGUGUGCAAUACGUGUUGGAAUGUUUUUUUUUUUUUUACUCUCUGUUUUAUUUGUGGAUCCCGGAUUUAGCCUCAAUUCCGUUUGGCAAGGAUAAAUUCGUGAAAUUUGUGUUAAAAAAACGAGCUUAUGAGUGUUUGUUUUAAAAGUGAAAAAGUAUGCCCUCAAUAAGCCAUAUUUAACAUCAAGAAAAGUGCUACAAGUUGAGAAAAAAAAACUACUGCAGAAAAAUUCCCUUUAAGUUAAAAAAAAAAAAACACCCGACGUCAUUUUACAAAGUCUUAAUAUCCAUAUUAAAUUUUGUAUGUAUCUGUGUGACAUAGAUUUUAUGUAUAAGCCCGACCAACACAAUAUAGCCCCUAUAAGAACACCGGGAUGCACCGAAUUGCAUUUUAAAUAGAUUCCGCAUAAACACGAGGAUUUUUUGAAACACCUUUAACCCGGUUACAAAACAAGGAUUUCUUCGAUAUUUAUACAAGACCCGUGCUGAUAUUCAUACUUCAUCACUCUAAGCGUCCAACAAAAUGCCAACUUAUCAUCUAACACACACCAAAAAUAUCGAACAGAUUUCUAAAGAAAAUACAAUAUAGAUGGUAUUAAUCCUACAAGAGUGAAAACUUGAUUCAAUCCGACAAAAUGGCAGUAAAUAGAAGAAGAUAGUCAAAAGAACCAUCUCUUCAAAAAAAAAAAAAUUAAAACAAAAAACAACAACAACAACAACAAAAUUCAAAGAACCAAACGGAAAAUCUUUUUUUAAAAAGAUUCCAAUGGUUCUAAAUAUGACACCAUACCGCGAUACAUACACAGCAACACUAUGCAUCCUGGCAAUGGUCUUCGCUACAAAAUCAGUCACAUGCUCAACUUUAGAUAUUUACAAAAAUGCCCGUUUGGGACAUAGGAUAGUGCAGACCCGAUACGGUCGAUUGCACGGCCUUAUCCUGCCAUUAGAUAAUUUUCGUUUCUUACGCUCUGUUGAGGUAUUCCUGGGAGUUCCGUACGCUACACCGCCAACAAAACAAAAUAGAUUUAGUCCAACAAGAGCACCAGCACCAUGGGAUGGUAUUCGAAUAUCAGACAAAUAUAGUCCCGUAUGCCCGCAGCGCCUGCCAAAUAUUCAAAACGAAACAGCAGCCCUAGAGAAGAUGCCAAAGGGACGCCUAGAAUACUUGAAGAGACUUUUGCCAUUUUUGCAAAAUCAAUCAGAAGACUGCCUAUACCUAAAUAUAUUCUCACCGAUAAAUGCGGUCUCCACUGAAAAGAAAUUACCGGUAAUAGUAUUUUUGCAUGGCGAAUCAUUUGAAUGGAGCAGUGGGAAUCCCUACGAUGGCAGUGUCCUCGCCAGUUAUGGUGAAGUUGUCGUGGUAACACUUAAUUACCGAUUAGGUAUUCUAGGUUUCCUGAAUGCCAACCCAAGUCCGCAUACUCACGCUCGAGUAGCAAACUACGGCCUAAUGGAUCAAAUGGCUGCCCUGCAUUGGAUUCAGCAGAACAUUCAAAAAUUUGGCGGCGAUCCAAGUUCAGUUACACUUGCCGGCCAUGGGACUGGAGCUGCGUGCAUAAAUUUCCUUAUGACAUCGGCGACCAUGGUGCGCGGCCUCUUUCAUCGAGCUAUUCUACUUUCGGGUUCGGCAUACUCGUCCUGGGCGCUAGUUGAGGAUCCAGUGAUUUUCGCCCUCAAAUUGGCCAAAGAAGUUAAUUGCUCCAUACCAGAGGAUUUAAUUAAACAUCACGAACAGAUUGUUGAUUGUUUGCGAGAAGUGUCACUCGAGGACUUGUACGGGGCCGAUAUACAAGCACCGAACUUCUUGACAUCCUUUGGCCCAUCGAUUGAUGGUGUUGUCAUUCGACCAGGACAUUCAAAUCUUGAUAUCGAUGAUUUAGUAACAAGAAAUCCAAAACGACCACCCGAAAGUAGUGCGGGCCAUUAUGAUGUUCUUUUUGGCGUUGUCACUGGCGAAGCAAUUUGGCGGUUUAGUGCGCAUGAUAUACAAAAUGGCUUCGAGGGAGAAAGACGUGAUAAAAUUAUUCGAACAUACGUCCGGAAUGCCUACAAUUAUCAUUUAAAUGAGAUUUUCUACACGAUUGUCAACGAGUACACUGACUGGGAUAGAACAUCACAGCAUCCAAUCAAUACCAGAGACACCGCAGUCGCUGCACUCUCGGAUGCUCAAUUUGUGGCACCAAUUAUCCGCACUGGCGAUAUGCUUGCGAAUACACCCCCAGGAGGCGGUGGUGGUGGUGGUGGUGGUAGCAGUGGAAAUGGUGGCAUUAGUCAAGACAAGUCAGGAUCCUCGUCGUCGUCGUCAUCGUCAUCAUCCUCGAGUAGUACGGGUACCAGAUGUUAUUUCUAUGUGUUCGAUUACCAGACAAAGGAUGGCGACUACCCGCAACGUAUGGGCACCGUUCAUGGAGAGGAUUUGCCAUAUAUAUUUGGAGCACCCCUAGUCGAUGGUUUUAGUCAUUUCCCGACCAACUAUACAAAGUCUGAGAUAGCAUUGUCCGAAGCAGUUAUUAUUUUUUGGACGAACUUUGCUCGCACUGGAAAUCCGAAUGAAGUUCAUCGACAGGACUCUGUAUUACCAGCAUCAAAGGAACGAAAUAGAUUUCGCAGUAUCAACUGGGAGAGCUAUGAUCCACUUCAUCAAAAAUACUUGGAAAUUGGAAUGAAGCCACGUAUAAAGAACCAUUUUCGAGCCCAUCAACUUUCGAUUUGGUUGCGACUCAUUCCGGAGUUAUUACGAACUGGAAUGGAGGACGCUAUCGCCAGACAUAAUCUUUUCAAAAAUCACGACGAUAUGGAUCUGUAUGAGGGCCCAGUUAAACCGGAUCCCUUUUCGUCUCGUAUGCAGAUUGUGGAAGAGGCCAUGGGCAAGAAGGGCGGUCGAGGGAAUUCAUCGUCCAAUGGAUAUAUGGUUGGAGUGCUUGGUGGUAUUACAACAGUUGAACCGAAUGUAUUUACCACUUGCAUCCCAGUUGCUGGCAACUAUACUGGCGCUGUGUUCGCACCAACAACCAUUGUUAAUGCUACCACAGAUACUCUAUCUGGAUUCGAGGCAGCCGGCUAUGCUGCCUAUUCGACAGCGCUAAGCGUAACAAUAGCAAUCGGAUGCAGCCUCCUCAUUUUGAACGUGCUAAUAUUUGCCGGAGUGUACUAUCAACGUGACAAGACUCGGCUAGAGGUGAAGACACUUCAGAAGCAGUAUCAGCAGCGUGGAAUGCACCAACAAGUGGCUUUCGAUCCGAUUAAACACGCCCAUUAUCACAUGGGACAUUCGCAGAGUGCGAAUGUCAUCGUCGACGUCGAGAACCACGAUCAGGGUGCUAUCCUGCUGUCGGGUGACGUUAAGCCCCCGCCCCACAUUUGUUCCAAUGCAAUGCAAAUCAACAGCAGUUGUGGCAUCCAGACAACGAAAAUUCCAUCGAAUGCAGUGCAGCAGAGUGCCGCAGAUGUCAGCAAUGUCAGUAAUAGUGGAAGUAAUGUCACGUAUGCCGUAAGUAGUAAGCAGCAGCAGCAGCACCAGCAGCAACAACAACAACAACAACAGCAGCAAGCUCCUUCGUCGCGUGAGCAUAUGCAACUCAAAGGAACACAAACUUUCGGAAGGAAUAUGAGCGGCGGGGGUGGGGGAAAUGUGGUCGGCGGCGGCGGUGGAAUGGGCGGUGGUGGGGGAAAUGCCAACAAUGCUUACAAUCCGGGAAUGAUGACUUUGCCAAAAGUGGGUGCGAUGCAUCACUCGAACUCAAUGAAUUACGGGCGCAAUUCCACCGGCAUGGGUGGCGUAGGUGGCGGUGGUGGUGGCAAUGCAAAUAGCAAUACACCUAGCACUGGAAAUACAAUGGUGAACAAUUCUGGAGACUGCAUGACUCUACCUAGAAAUUUGUCAUCUGCAUCACGUCAUAGCGUGGAUAGCCAACAUCUACAAAACAAACACCAACCAAAUGGGAGUGUGAUGGGUGUCCAUCAUAUUCGAGCACCUAGGCCACCAAUUCGGACCGCAUCAUCAGGACUUGGGGCCACUAGUGGCAAUGUGUCAGAACAGACACAGACGAGCAGUGUAAACAGUAGUAGUAGCAGUAGUGGAAGUGCUCUCUGUGGUGGAGGUGGUGGUGGGGGAACUAUGAAAAAUCAACACCACCACCAGCAACAGCAGCAGCAACAUCAGCAGGAUAGCAUUGGCAUGACAACGAAUGCGGGAUCACAUCUGCAGCAACAAGUGCCACAGGCGGCAAUUGACGAAAUGAGAGUCUGAUAGGUGACGGUGUUCGAACUAGAAUUAUAGUCAUCUUGUCCAGAAACAACGUUUCGAUCACCAACACCUGAAGAUCCAUCAAUAAUAUCUGAUUGUUCCUGCAAUGAAUUCUGUUUACAACAACAACAUCAGCAACCUAUCCAACAACAACAACAACAACAAUUGGAUAGCAG